UAGUUUUUAAAGACCCAUGCCCGCGGCAAACUGUAUUGGGAGGAGCUGGUGUCAGUACCAGCAGCAGCGAUUCUACCGCCCCAGUCAGUAUGCAACAGUGACUCAGCUGCGCCGCACCCGAGUUCCUUCUGAUCGUGAUCAGAGAAGAAGUGGAGAAAAGAGAGAGAGAGAGGAAAGAGAAGUGGCACUCUGAUCUGCAAGCGAGGAGACUGCCAUGGAUGAAGAUUGAUUUUAUCCAGCCAGGCUUGACGCAUAAUUCCGCUCAGCUGUGCUGUUCAAGAGACAAACCAAGAGAGUCUUGACUCUUGCCUGAUUUAACUGAAAUCUUCACCAGAAUAUUUGACCAGGACAGACGUCUGAUCCACACGCCUUCGUACCGUUCUUUAGCCUUGGCCUAAGCAAAGGAGGGGGCACAAUAUAACCCCCUUUUGAUAAUUAGAAACAUCUUUUGAUAUUUUCAAUUCGAGGUUAAAUGCGCUAAAACCAAGCUAUUAUCUAAAGACUCACGGUUGGAAACCUGCGUCAUUGCGGUCAGGCUGAAACCGACAUCUGAUGCUUGGAAGGGAUCUGCCAAUAUUACUGUUGAGAUAAAUUCGUAUAGUUCGACUUGGAGUGAUGAUGACACCCCUCCCGCUGGUCUUGGGGCCCGACUGCUGCUGAUCUGCCAGGAUGUCUUUAAUCGUCUCAGGAUACAGAACCAACCGAUUUAUCAAUGGAGGAGGAGAGUGACACCCGCAAGAUUAACAACAGCUUCCUACGCGACCACAACUAUGCCACCGAAGCUGACAUAAUCUCAACGGUGGAGUUUAACCCUUCAGGGGAACUGUUGGCCACAGGGGACAAAGGAGGAAGAGUGGUGGUUUUCCAGAGAGAACAAGAGACUAAAAGCCAGCCCCAGAGGCGAGGGGAGUAUAAUGUUUACAGUACCUUCCAGAGUCAUGAGCCUGAGUUUGACUACCUGAAGAGUCUGGAGAUAGAGGAGAAGAUCAACAAGAUAAGAUGGCUGCCACAGCAGAAUGCUGCCUACUUCCUCUUAUCUACCAACGAUAAGACAGUGAAGCUAUGGAAGAUAAGUGAGAGAGACAGAAGACCAGAGGGGUACAACCUGAAGGAUGAGGACGGACGCAUCCGAGACCCGUCUACCAUCACCUCGCUACGGGUGCCUGUGCUCCAGCCGACAGAUUUGAUGGUGGAGGCGACAGCGCGUCGUGUCUACAGCAACGCCCACACCUAUCACAUCAACUCCAUCUCUGUGAAUUCUGACCUCCAGACCUACAUCUCUACCGACGACCUCAGGGUCAACCUGUGGAACCUGGAGAUCACUGACCAGAGCUUCAACAUUGUGGACAUCAAGCCGUCCAACAUGGAGGACCUGACGGAGGUGAUCACCGCAGCGGAGUUUCACCCCCAGCAGUGUAACACCUUCGCCUACAGCAGCAGCAGGGGAUCCAUACGCCUCUGUGACAUGAGGAAACAGGCACUCUGUGACACACACUGCAAGUUCUUCGAGGAGCCAGAGGACCCGUCCACUCGUUCUUUUUUCUCUGAGAUCAUCUCGUCCAUAUCGGACAUUAAGUUCAGCCACAGUGGGCGCUUCCUGAUGACCAGGGACUAUCUGACCGUCAAGGUCUGGGACUUAAACAUGGAGAACAAACCACUGGAGACGUACCAGGUCCAUGACUAUCUGAGGGGGAAGCUGUGUUCUCUGUAUGAAAACGACUGUAUCUUCGACAAGUUUGAGUGUGUCUGGAAUGGGUCGGACAGUGUUAUAAUGACCGGGUCCUAUAAUAAUUUCUUCCGGAUGUUUGAUCGGAACACCAAGAGAGAUGUGACUCUGGAGGCUUCUAGAGAGAACAGCAAACCCCGGGCCAUCCUCAAACCGCGCAAGGUGUGUAUGGGCGGGAAGCGUCGUAAAGACGAGGUGACGGUAGACAGUCUGGACUUCAGCAAGAAGAUCCUUCAUUCCACCUGGCACCCGCAGGACAACAUCAUUGCCGUGGCAGCCAGUAACAACCUCUACAUCUUCCAGGACAAGGUCGCUUAGGGGUCAAACCCUCCUGACCUCGGGACUCCUGACCCUGUGCAGGGUGAGAGAUGGAGGGAGAGGAUGGAGCGACGGACGGAGGAGGAGAGAAAAUGAGAUUAUAUUCAUUGAGCUCUCCUCUUCCUCCUCCUCUGUCUGAUUGAUAUGAGCCAGAUAUGGCUGGAGGACAUGCUAUAAUUCCCAGAAUGGACAUUUCCAGGAUAUAUUUGGGAAUUCAGGAGUGUUCAGCCUGGAUCAAAGUUAAAAUGAAGAUGUUUCUUCAAGCUGCUUUGGCCUGCACAAGCCUCUCUGUGGCCUCCAGUUAACUGCUUUAUUUAUUUAAUGUAUUCAUGUGGAUGAAACAACACGUGAAGGAGCAAUGGGGUGGAGUAACUCAUGCACCCAGAGUGACUCUAGAUUGGAUUCACAGAAUGAUUCAUGGAGAGGAACUGAAAUGUACCUGAGCACCCUGUCUGACGACGGCCAUUUUGUCUCUGUUACAGUGAGCACACAGACCUUUGUGGAGGCUCCAAUCCUCUGUUCUCUCCCGGCAAGUUUGUGACAGGGGUCCUGCCCGGUUCUGCACAUUAAAAUGACUGUUAUACUAACUGAACCUUGGUUAUAGCAUUGAAAGUUAUCCACCUCACAGCCAAUGUCUUAUCUAUGCAUACUCAAUGGUAUGCUAAAUGUGGAUAUCGACAGGAACACGAUUCACUAGUGCGGCUGUUUCUGCCCUGUAAACUGAGAAGCGAUGUCUCUCAUUUGACUCUUCCUGUGCCGUUGCAUCUCUGAAACGAGACAGAGGCCCAUCAUGAGAAUGACGGGGCCUCUUCGAGGCCAGAUCAGCGCUUUUUAUUUUGUUUCAUUCUGUUUGUUUCCUCCGUGUGUCUCCUUGUCUCGUCAAGGAUUCUGUUAAAAGAUGUGGUGCCUUCUUUUUGGUAUGUGGGGUCAAUGUGGCGUGGGGGAAGGGUGGGUCGGUGAAAACAAUGCAGCAGUGAAUGUUUUCACCCGGAAAUACAAACGUCGGGGUGGGGUAGCAAAGCAAAUGUGAGUUAAUGAAGUAACUGAAUCCUACGAGUUGACUUGACACCUCUAUUAUAGCAAGCGACUGCACGUUUGUCAACUUACGGGGGGGGGGGGGGGUUAUCCAUAUCCCUAUUUCGACCACUCUGUAGCAGUAUUACCACGAAUUGUGUGUUCGUAUAACCAACGGAAAGACAAAUCACAACAGUUGUAUUGUAACACAGCCUGCACAGUCUCCCGAGCCCAGAGAUUUCCCUAGUUAGUUAGCAUGGACAGGAACGACUCUUGUCCCUUGUCAUAAAAUAUCCCCAGGGGUUCUCGGUUGGCUGCGUGUUCUGUCUGCCACAGUCCUCUGCUCUUUUGUUGUGUAGGUGACUAACCGAGAUUUACGAUCAAGUUGCCCCUAGAUGCUGAUCUAAGGUCAGAUUUUAAUAUCUCUAUCCAAUGAUAAGGUCAGAAUUGGGAAACUGUGAACUAAUCUUAGAUCAGUGCCUACAGGCAACUUCUUAGUGUCUAACCAGACAGGAUGGUAUCAUGACUUCAAGCCUAUCUACUAUGUGCGCUCAAUGAUAUCAGGGACUUUUGGUUAUUACUGUAUCCCAAAUGGCAACCUAUUCACUUCAUGGUGCAUUACUUUAGCAAUAUGGUCAGUAUUCCAUUUCUAAGAGCUGUUCUUAGGCACGAUCCAUUGCUGAGUGCCUGGAUACAGCACUUAGUUGUGGUGUAUUGGCAAUAUAUUGGCAAUAUACCGCAAAACCCUGAUAUGCUUUAUUGAUAUUAUAAACCGGAUAGCAAUGGAAUUAGAACCUUAAAAAUGUAUGUGAUAUUAAAAAAAACAUGGUAAAUACGAAAGCAAUAAGGACUAAUGGGCUGUGGUUUAUGGUUAAUAUACCACGGCUAAGAGCUGUUCAUAGGCAUGACACAUCGAAGAGUACUUGGACACAUCACUUAAUGGUGGUAUAUUGGCGGUAUAUCACAAAACCCCGAGAAGCUUUAUUGUUAUAAUGAACUGGAAACCAAUGCUAUUACAGUACUAAAAGAUGAUGUGAUGUCAUACCCAUGGUAUGCGGUCUCAUAUACCACGGCUAUCAGUCAAUCAGCUUUCGGGAUUCUAAGCACCUUGUUUGUACAAUCCUGUGUACCACUUUCAGCCAAUCAGCAUUCAGGUUUCAAAUACAGCAGUUUAUCAUUUAAAUAUGACUGGAAGGGCUUUGGUCAGAAGUAGUGCACAACACAGGGACUAGGGGGUCAUUUGGGAUGGACCCUAUGCUCCCUUUACAAUGUAAUGUUCCAAACCAUUUUUAUAGCUCAGAAUGUAUUGAAAUGCAAUUAUUUUACCAUGCAGUCUUUAUGCUUAUUGGAAUUACUUUGAUUAAAAAAGUUUGUGCAAGUUUAA